AUGCGGAGAUUCUACGGGUUCGAGAGCUGGAUAGAUAAAGACUCCGCCGAGAAACCGAAGUCGGAGAGAAAAUCAUCAGAAGCAUGCAAGAGUCACAGGGAAGCUGAAAGAAGACGCAGACAGCGAAUCAAUACCCAUCUCUCCACUCUUCGUUCUCUCCUCCCUAACACCGCCAAGUCAGAUAAGGCGUCGUUGCUAGCGGAAGUGGUGCAGCAUGUGAAACGGUUACGAAAAGGAGCUGAUGACGUGGCGAAUCGUUGGAAUGAUGAAUCGUCUACGCCGUGUAGUGGAGAACCGGGUUCGGUUGUUUCUUCUGAGGAAGCUGAGUUGUGGCCGUUUCCGGGGGAAUCGGACGAGGCGACGGUGGGUUAUUGCGGCGGGGAGGGAGGGGGAGUUCGGAGGAUGAAAGCGACGGUGUGUUGUGAGGAUCGGCCUGGACUGAACCGGGAUCUGGCACAGGCGAUACGGUCUGUUCGGGCGAAACCGGUUCGGGCGGAGAUAAUGACGGUUGGGGGGAGGACGAAGAGUGUGGUGGUGGUGGAGUGGGGUAAUGAUGGAAGAGAGGAGAAGGAAGUUGAAGCGUUGGAGAGGGGUUUGAAGGCGGUGGUGGAGAAUCGGGCUUUUGUGGAUUCUGGAAUGGGCCCGUUGUUGUUGGGCCGUAAACGGGCUCGUGAGAGUAGUAAGGUUGAUUGUUCUUUGUUAUUGAGAAAUGGGAAUUUGUGCUGA